AUGAUUUACUCAGCCUGCGACGCAUUCGCAUUUCAAAGGACACAAGAAGGAGAAGGGGGGGACAAAAACAUAACAGACACGGUAGCCCGAGUGCCGCCACACUGCCACAUCACAAUCAAAUGCACUAGAGAGAUCGCGGGGUUCAACGGUCUAUCAGAAGCGGUUCGCCGGCUGGAUUUCUCUUCGGCGGUGCGAGAUGUACGCAGGUUCAACUACAUUUGCGCCCUGCUGGAGCUGCUGCUGGGCGGACAGCGUCUGACGCACCUGCCCGGUGCAGCGCAGAAGUUGCUUCUGUCUAUGUUGGAGCAGCUCGCUGACCACGUGGCGACGUCGAAGCAUAACCCGAACGCGCUACGCGCGCUGGUGGGCGGGCUGGCGGCGCUGCGCGAGGCGGAGCGGCGCGCGUGCUGGGGCCGCCCGCUCGGCUCGCGGGCGCUCUGGCGCCACCACGACCGUGCCAUCGCGCGCAUCACGCGCACCGCGCAGGCCGUGCGCAUGCAAGAGGUACGCACCGCUGCCCCCAGCUGCCACCGCACGUACGGGGCGGCCCCCUCGGGUCAGGCGCCACCACGACUGCGCCAUCGCGUGCACCGCGCAGGCCGUGCGCAUGCACGAGGUACGCACCGCUACCACCAGCUGCCACCGCACGUGCGGGGCGGCCCGCUCGGCUCUGGCGCCACCACGAUCGCGUCAUCACGCGCACCGCGCAGGCCGUGCGCAUGCACGAGGUACACACCGCUGCCACCAGAUGCCAUCGCACGUGCGGGCCGGGCCGCUCGGCUCUGGCGCCACCACGACCGCGCCAUCACGCGCACGGCGCAGGCCGUGCGCAUACACGAGGUAUGUAGCGCUGCCACCAGCUGCCACCGCACGUGCGGGGCCGCCCGCUCGGCUCCGGCGCCACCACGACCUCGCCAUCACGCGCACCGUGCAGGCCGUGCGCAUGCACGAGGUACACACCGCUGCCACCAGCUGUUAUAG